GAGCGGUAUCGAUAAAAAUAGAUUAAACGUCACCAUAGGGUAUAUAAAUAAAUAAACAUUCAAUUUUACAUUAAUAUUCGUUUUGGACAGGAAAGAUUAUGGCGGCGACUAACGAAGAAAAAGAAACAACUGUUGCUAAGGAAACGUCCAGCAUACAUUCUACCAAAGAAACACAAUUUGAACUAACAGAGGAGCUAGCAUAUCUAACUUCACAUUUCCAAGGACAGUGCAAGGUCAUUAACUCAACGGGCAAAUAUGUAAAGACAAUCAAGCUGCACCCAGAAGAUCUUGAUAUUGUAUUUAACUUCAAACUUACUGAUACCUAUCCAAAGAGCGUUCCAGUGACAGAGAUCCGUUCAGAAUCACUAGAUGAAGACGAGAUAGAUGACUUACAAGCGUUUCUUAAACAGACGGCUAAGGGCAUGGCACCUCUAUCACUCGAAGGACUGCUGCAGAAAGCUUUGGAAUGGUUAAAAAAAGAACAAAUCGAUGUCACAGGUAAAAGGGUAAAGUCAAAAAGACCUGAGGGAGCAGAAGGGACCUCAAAAGGACGACAAAGAAAGAGAAGAAAGCCGAAAGAUCCGGAAACAAAAGGAAAGAAGCCACCGAUGAAAACUGCGAUAGACGUUGUUAAAAGGAUACUCUGGGACGAGGCUUUGCAACAGGAUCAGUUUCUAGUAGGAUAUUUAGAUAGAAUUGAUGGACUGAAGGAAAAAUAUUUUAAUGCAUUUAGCUGGGAAGACAUUGCUUCCGUGGAUUACACGGUGUUGGCAAUACCUAAGCAUAGAAUUCAAUACUUUAAAUAUAAGAAUGAGAUCGUAUGGGACAAGCGUUGCCGUCUUGAUAAUGUAUUUGGGUCUACCGGAAGUAAGAAAACUAUUGUUGACGUAAUAUCGGGUAUAGACGGUGUUCAAGUUAGAAAUGAAGCGCAUGAAAAUGAUCAACGCAAUGAUAUGGCAGAAGCUGAUCCGGACAGUGACUAUUAUGAUAGUGCAGAUUACUCCGAGAGUGACAGUGACAGCGAUGAUGGAAUUACAGUAACUAUUGGUAACUCUGAGAGAGGUGCUAUUGGAGGUAGAGAUUCAGAAGAGGACUUUGAUGUAGAUAAUAAUGUUAAUGAUGAGGACGGCAAUGAUGAUCAAUAUAACAAAUACUGGCGGGAUAAACUUAGACCCAACCACUUUAUAGCUCUAAGAAUAACUGAUGAGGAUGUACGUAAUGCAGCUGAUGAAAUACAGAAACAUGUUAUAGCAAAUGAGCCAAAGCUUAAAGAUUGCAAGAUACCAACGGGUGCUUUACAUUUAACUUUAUGCACAAUAGGUUUAGAGACGCCAGAGCAGGUUCUUCAGGCGGUCAAAUGUUUGGAAGAAUCCCUUCCAGAAUUAGCAUCAAUCGUUCCAAAAGAUAAGAAAUUGACUUUCAAAGGCGUUCAGACUUUCUUUAACCGUGUAAUAUAUGGUAAAGUAAUUGAUUGUCCACCGGAAUUUCAUGACCUUGUGCAACAUUUAAAAACGUGCUUGGCAUCUGAAGGCAUUGAGGUCAGAGAUUAUCAUGAGUUUGUUCCACACAUGACAAUAAUGAAGGUUUCCCGCCCUGUUGCUAAGUUGACUGGCAAUAAUUAUAUCGCGCCGUGGCUGUAUUCAACAUUUAACGAGACAGUUCUAGGGAGCCAGUCUAUAGAUAAUUUACAUUUGUGUACAAUGGCAGACGAGAGACAACCAGAUGGCUUCUACAUAUCGCCAGCAUCUUUUAAAUUAUAAAUUUGUAUUUGAUUAAUUCAAAAAUUAAUGCAUUUUUAAAAAAACUUCAAAUUUUACAAUAAUUUGUGUUUAAUGUUGAAUUCUGAUUAAGCUGGUUCUAUGAGGCGAGGACUGUAGCUUGAACUUUUCAUUAACAGAUCAUUUUUUCCCUAUUUCAUAUAGUUUUGUUCAUGUACUAUAUAAUGUUAGUUAAUAUAUUUGAAAUUUCA